AGCAGUCUAAUUACCCUCCAUCCGCUCUCACUCGGUCCUUACGAGGGACAAAGAACCGACAAACUCGUUGCUUGUCUUUGACACACAGCAACACCAAUUCAGUCAGCGUCAAGCUUAAAGUAGGCCACACCUGCUCGGCUAUGAGGCCGCGAGGUCUCCCUUCAUGAUGGAACUCAUCCCUAGAUCCUCAAUGGAGAUCGUCGGUCCGAUAGAGCAUCAUCUGUUUGGUGGCUGUUGCCUGGAAGCCCAUCGAUGCGACGCGGUAUGGCUACAGCUCGAAGGCCUCCGUAACUAUCUUCUCGACGCAAGCGUUGGGCACCUCAGCAACAUCAUCGACGAGAUUCGACUCACAGCAUGCCGUCUGCGGGAGCUGGCGGACCUGUCCCAAGUUCAUCAGGACAGGAUCCCCGUCAUCUUGAACCAUCUCAACAUCUUACUUCCGUGUCUGUCGCGGACGCUGAGGGAUAUCGCCAGUUACUACGAAGACACCACCAUGUCCAAGAUCAACCGGUGGAGGAACAUGUACCACUGCAUGAGGGAUGAAGGAGACGGCAUGUCCCUCGGCGGGCGAUUCAUGCUUUACAACUACUUUCUGGGGUCUCUCCGUGACGUUCUGCUAAGGUCUCCCAACUUUGACCUCAAUGGUCUCGAGACGGCGCGCGUCAAAGUCAUGCAGCUUCGAGAGAAUAGAAACAUCCCUCCGCCACCUGCCCAGGUCGGCCCACGUAUGCGCUCUACGAUCUUCGCCUUUGAGAACGACCCAGAUCUCCAUUGGGCACAGCAGAUAUUCUCCAUGCCACUACCAUCGCGUACUGCAUUGAAGAAUCAGAUUCAGUCUGUUGCAACAGGUCCGCAUCAGAAAUGGGGUCAUCUCAAAAUCCCUGACGAGUCGCGGAUACUCUUUCGGCGCCCCUUUAACGACGACAAGAUCUGUCUCAUCGCCUACGAGAACGGCCGUGACUUGUGCCCGUACCUCCUCCUCCGCAUGAUCAAUCCCGAAACAGGGCAAGCUUGGUUCUCGUUACGAGGGACCCAGGAAUUGUGCAUCGACAGAGACGGUUGUGUCCUGCGGUUGAAACGAUGGAGCACGAAGUCGGCAUGCUCUAGGCUCUGGGCUGCCCUCAGCUUCCAGACCUGGGAAGAGCUCGUUCUGAUGUAUUCCUCCUUCCUCGCCCUGAAGGCGCGUAACCCAAAAGUUGUCAACGUGGCGCCCGAUGAAUACUUGCCAAAAGGGGAACGGAAGCUCUUCCAAGCGCGAAUUUCCGACGAUGGCUUCUGGCACGCCCUGGCCGUCUACAAAGACAUUGCAACCGGAGGUAUCCGGCUCCUGGCAUCGGCCUGCGAGGGGCCACUCAAGCAGUGUCCAAUAUGGACGGCUUUCGUCACCCAACAGUCCGCCUCCCCGACGACGUGGAUCAAGCGCGUGUCAAAGCACAGGAUCCGCCUCACGGACGUUCAGCUGUACGUGUUCUGCCAAGAUUACCGACAGAACAGGCAGCGGAAGGGAAGCUCAGGAUAUUUCGAGAUCAACUUUCACCAACAGAAAGGGUGCGACCGCUUCAUUGACCUCUUCCCAGUCCUACCGAAACGAGCAAAGACGCCACAACUCGCAGGACGAUAGACGGGGUCAUUUGCAUGGCCGCCGCCCCUAUGUGCAGGCGAACCGAUGAAUACUCUCGCCAAGCCGAGAGGGCCUAAUUUGACGACCUGACGAAUUCCUAAUUAAUGAGAUUUAUGACUUUACGAUUACUUGACUAGCUAAAAUGGACGCGACUACUCGACGACGGAUAUCCCCGCGAUUGGGAAUUAGGGGGGUUUACGAAUGAACGACACGGAUGAACGAAUCUCGGAAUUUUGUA